GAACUUUGUCAAUUGAGCUGCCUGAGUCUGGAUCUCCAGUUGCUGUGGGAUUUGUUUAGAUUACAACAGCCAAGGUCCAAAGUGCCAAAAAGAAUCAUCAGAGUUCUAAUCCCACCCCUCACCACAGAGCCUCCCACCUCCCAGGAAUUCCAAAAAUUUACUUCGUAGAACCAGUUGGACAAGAGAAAAGACUACAGAGCGGACGAUACCAGGAAGGCCAGAUCAGACCUUCAGUCAUCAUGGCUUCCCACCCAAACCUCUCACACCUUCUCCCUGCUGCCCGAUUGCGUCAACUCGCCCGAGAUUGGUUGCAAGAAGAUGCUCCCAGCUUUGACUAUGGUGGCUACGCCGUAGGCAACCAUCAAGUGUGUGCUGUGCUCUUCUGCAAAUCUCCUGGAGUCUUAGCCGGUUUCCCAUUCUUCGAAGCUAUCUUUGCCGAAGUCGGCUGCUCGGUGGAGUGGCUCCAAACCGAAGGAACCUGGGUUGAACCCGUCACCCGAGUGGCUGAAGUCCGCGGGCGUGCCAAUGACCUCUUGCUGGGCGAGCGAGUAGCUUUGAACUGUCUGGGACGCUGUAGUGGUGUUGCCACAUCAGCAGCAAAAGCUUGUCGGGAAGCACAGGAAGCUGGGUGGCAUGGAGAGGUUGCUGGGACAAGGAAGACCACGCCGGGGUUCCGUCUCCCAGAAAAAUAUGCACUUCUAGUUGGGGGAUCCUCCUGUCACCGCUAUGAUCUGGGAAGCCUCAUCAUGUUGAAGGACAACCAUGUCUGGGCCUCUGGCAGUAUUACACAAGCAGUUCACAACGCCCGGCGGGUUGGUGGCUUUGCCCUGAAAAUAGAAGUGGAGUGUGGCUCCUUAGAAGAAGCUCUUGAAGCAUCAGGGUGUGGCGCUGAUAUUAUCAUGCUGGACAACUUUGCUCCUGAGGACUUGCAUCCUACAGCCAGCACCAUAAAGGCCUCCUUUCCCCGUGUCACCAUUGAAGCUAGUGGAGGAAUCACUGAGGAGAAUGUGUCACGUUUUGUGGGGCCCAAUAUUGAUGUGAUCUCCCUGGGUUGCCUCACCCAAUCAGCCAAAGUGGUAGAUUUCUCCCUCAAAAUCAGCCGGGAUCAAACUCCCAAGCCGUCACUGCGCAAUUUCGUUUUCUGAGCCGAUAGGAUAGCCAGCCAGUCCCAUUAAAAUAUUUGGGAAUUGGGUAGUUGAACAGGUAACGGGCUGAUUUGUAUCUGCUGCUUAUUAACUGUGCUGAUCUAAGAUGAUGGGAGUUGUACUCCAAAAUGUCUGGAAGACAGGGGAAAUUUCUCGUACAGGGUUUGCUUGGUAAAACCUCCCUAGGGAUUUUUUUUAAAGGAUUAUUUUCUUUCACAGGAUCAUUGGAACAGAACCAGCAUCAAGGUUGAAGGGAGGGCAACUGGGUUUGCUGUCAUAACUUCUUCAGCAUAUGUGAUUUUUUACUGCAAUAAAAUGUAUGUCAUUUCCUUCCC